GUACUUUUUUGCGGUUUUUAUUCAUUCAAAACCAUUGAUGAUUCCUUACAAACGUCAUCUUAUUAAGGUUCUAUAAACUUUAUAUAGUUUAAUGAAUGUACCAAUCUAACAUUUACGUUGGGUCUAGGUCUAUAUUAUAUUUGCAUUUACGACGGCUCACCUUAUUAUGUGUACGAGCAUUUUUACCAAAACAUGUGCAAUUUGUUCUGAUUUUCACUUCCUAUUUUGGGGUGCACUGAAAAAAGUUUCACUUAGCUUAGAAUGUUCAUAUUCAUGUAUAUCUCAAGAUUUAUUUACAAGAAUUAUUUAAAAUAUGGGAAAUAAAAACCAUGCUAGAUAGUUAAAAUGUUUUGAUAUAUUAUACCUUAACUAGGUAAAAAAUGUGGGACUACCUUUGACCUUCCCUACGUAAACAUUUUAUUUAUCUUAACAAUUUGCUAUGUUAGGUAUUUAGCUACUGAAAUAUUUGUAGGUUUUUUUAUUUUUUAAUUAGCUUGAUUUAAUAAAACUGAAUUUAAUUAGAUUGCAUAAUUUCAUUGCAACUUGAAGAAAAAUUUAUUUUAGCGCAUAUGCAGGUUGUACAUGUUUCUGCAUCCACACUACAACUUCAUAAAUCACAAAUUGUCUCCAAAAUUAAAAAAAAAAUUAUACUACAAAAAGUGUUUUUUUUUUAUUAACAUUUUUGUAUAUUUUAUCCUCCUAUUUCCUUGACAAAUGGGGUACCUUUAACCUUACCUAGGUAGUCAUUUUCUCAUUCUUAUUUCCCAACACUGCAUACGAUAGAUUUUGGUUCUCCAUUUAAUCGAUAUUAUAAGUAGGCAGCAGAACUCUUGUUAAAGAAUACUUGAAUUUUAAAAAUGUAUUACUGAAAUCCUCUUGUGUUGACUGGGUCCUUUACGAAUAUUGUGUGUAAAAAGUGGUAUUUUGAAAAUGCAUCUGGAAAGAACGGAUGAACUGACACUCGAAGGAGGAGAGUCCGUGUCCGUAUCCGUGUCCUUGGUAAUGGAUUUCGUUCAAGUUUCGGAGGAGGAAGGUGACGAGCCCAUCGAGCUGCCGGCCGAGGAGGAUGGCACUCUGCUGCUGUCCACCCUGCAGGCACAGUUUCCUGGAUCCUGCGGUCUCAAGUAUCGCAACCUGGACACGAAGGCGGUUCGAGGCGUUCGCUCCAACGAGGGCAGACUGUUUCCGCCCAGCGUGGACUCCGGCUGGGGGGAAUACCUGUACUUUUGUGUGUUUCCCAAGGAAAACAAGCGCAAGAGCGACGAUAACUUGGAAAACUCAACGGCAAAGACCAAACGCAUUGAGACCCGGCUGCGAUGCACUGAUCUUAUUGUACUAGGCCUGCCCUGGAAGACCACUGAGGAGAGUCUGCGGGAGUACUUUGAGACUUACGGCGAAGUGCUGAUGGCCCAGAUCAAGAAGGACACCAAGUCGGGGCAGUCGAAGGGCUUUGGAUUCGUGAGAUUUGGCUCGUACGACGCCCAGAUGCGCGUUCUCUCCAACCGCCACCUCAUCGACGGUCGUUGGUGCGAGGUUAAGGUGCCCAACUCCAAGGGCAUGGGCCAUCAGGUGCCUUGCAAGGUCUUCGUGGGCCGCUGCACAGAGGACAUAAACUCGGACGACUUGCGGGAGUAUUUCUCCAAGUUCGGCGAGGUAACAGACGUGUUCAUUCCCCGUCCCUUUAGGGCCUUUAGUUUCGUCACUUUCCUCGAUCCUGACGUGGCCCAGUCGCUGUGUGGUGAGGAUCACAUAAUCAAGGGAGUUUCGGUGCAUGUGUCGAAUGCCGCCCCGAAAGCCGAGCAGAACAGGAACCAGCAGGUUCAGAGCUACAAUUAUAACUCGGCGAACAGCUUCGGCAUGCACUCGUACCACCCGCAGGGCAACCACAUGAAUCCCGGCCGCAACGGACACCAUAGAGGUAAUAACCAACACAGCGCUCACGGCGGUGAGAGCUCAAUCAUCGCCAAUAAUCACAGCAACAUUGGCACCACCGGCUACGGCAUGGGCGGCAAUAAUUACGGCGGGAAUUCGGGCGGGGGCUAUCACAACAAUAGCAGUAAUCACUCUAGUGGCGGGAACGCAAAUCGCCAGGACGGCGGCACCCAGUAUAACAGUAGGCAGGCCAACUUUCACGGAAUGAACCAGCCCCACAACGGCAACGUGGGCGGCAGCAACGGCUGGAUGAAUCGGGGCCACCUGGACAUGCCCAAUCUGCAGGCGCUGGGUAUCAAUUCGCAGGGAUCGAGCUCCUCCAACCAAGGCCAGAACAUGAGCAACCAGUCGAUGCUCAAUCUGAACUCGUUGCCGCUCAAUCCCGCCCUGGUCGCUGCCGCCUUGAACCAGUGGAGCCUGGUGGGCAACCAGCUGCAGAAUCAAAACCAGGACCAGCAGGGAGGAAAUUUUUUAUCAUGGAUGGCCCAAAACGGUGGCCACAACAAUGCCAACAACUUUGGCGGCCGGAAGGGAUCGAAUAACCCGAACAACCCGGGCGCCAACGGGAUGAACAAGGCGGACAAUUCCGGCUGUAAUGACCCACAGAAUGGUAACACCGGAUGGUCGAACCAGAGCAGCGGCUCUCAAAACUCUGUGGAAAAGUCAAACUUUCUUUAAGGCGGUACCAACAGCACGAUUCGGUACCGGUACCAACUAAUGUGGUUAAUAAUGACGCUGAUUUAACCAGAACCUCUGUAGUUUACUUAAAUAUAUAUGUAUUCUACAUUUACAGAAAUUAAGAAUUGUAUUUAAAAUGUGCUAGAUAUUUUGAUAAUUGUAAGUAAAUGACACUCGAUGGAGAAUAAUACAAUUUAUAGAACCCUUUGCGAAAUAAAUUCUGCACCAAAGCUCAAUUUAAA